GCCCUGCACCUGGAGACGCGGGAGGGGGAGACCACAGGCAGGUGUGCCCCAGGGCUCGCGGGGAGGGUUUCAGAAGACGGACAGGGGAAAGUGCAGUCUCUCUGGGGUGGGUGGAAGGGAGAAAGGACAAACUCCUCUGGGUGGAGAAUGGGAAAGGACAAAGUGGAUUCAGGUGUGCGGAGGAAAAUACCCAUCCCUCACCAGAAUCUCCUAAUCCUGAAACUAUCUCCCAAGACAGUAAAGUUCCCCCCUCCCCUAGUCCUCUCCUGAGGACUUUAAACUUUAGGCCUUAAAUUUGUAGGUCAUAUCAGAGGCCCUCCACAUUUGGUUCUUUUAUUCUCCCAGGAACUACUUGAUAGUAUACUGUUAUCAGCCUAUUUAGUAAGUGAGGAAAUAGAGUCAUGGCUGUUUGGUUAUUUGCCCACUGUCAUUUAAGGGGAGAGGGAGGGUAAUCAAGUCGCUCAUGGCCUAAUUCUCAGCUCUUUCCACAGGACAUAAUAGCCUUUCUGAUAGGAAAAGCAAUAUUUUCUACUAUAAAGUGAUUUUCUCCAAAAUCUUCAGGAAAUUGAUUCCUCAGACUUGUGGAAUCUAGGGAGAAAAAUAUGACAAUUUCCCUUUAUUAAUCAAGGAGGUUCCUGAGACACAGUAAUAACAGAGUUAUUACUUGGUAAAUAUCUCAACAGCAUGUGGAGAGACACAGCUGUAAAUUCUACCUGCAUAUUCUCACCAAACUAUUUGCUGGACUAACAAGGGACGGAGUUCAACCUCAGGCAGCAGGUACUCAAGAACAGCCCAUGGAAGAAUCAUAUGAAGAGGUGGUGAUUAAGGUCAUACAGCAGGAGUGGACAUGUUUGGAUUUCCAACAGCUACCCUGCUGGACUGUCAUGGAAGAUAUGCCCAGAAUGUAGCAUUUUUCACAUAUUGGUGCAUCUUACAUGACUUCCCUCUCAUUUUACCAGAUGUGAUGACAGAAGCCCACCACAAAUAUGAUCACUCUGAGGCCACAGGAUCCUCAAGCUGGGAUUUCCAGAAUUCUUUCAGAAGAGAGAAGCUGGAACAAAAAUCCCCAGAUUCUAAGACACUACAGGAAGAUUCACCUGGAGUGAGACAGAGGGUCUAUGAGUGCCAGGAAUGUGGAAAAUCCUUCAGGCAGAAGGGUAGUCUCACAUUACAUGAGAGAAUCCACACUGGUCAGAAGCCCUUUGAGUGUACCCAUUGUGGAAAAAGCUUUAGGGCCAAAGGCAAUCUUGUUACACAUCAAAGAAUACACACAGGAGAGAAGCCCUAUCAGUGCAAGGAGUGUGGGAAAAGCUUUAGUCAACGAGGUAGUCUGGCCGUUCACGAAAGACUCCACACCGGACAGAAACCCUAUGAGUGUGCUAUUUGUCAGAGAAGCUUCAGGAAUCAAAGUAACCUUGCUGUUCACAGAAGAGUUCAUAGUGGUGAGAAGCCCUAUAGAUGUGAUCAGUGUGGAAAAGCCUUCAGUCAGAAAGGAAGCUUAAUUGUUCAUAUCAGAGUCCACACAGGCCUGAAACCCUAUGCCUGCGCACAAUGUAGGAAGAGUUUCCACACCAGGGGGAACUGUAUCCUGCAUGGCAAAAUCCACACAGGAGAGACACCCUAUCUGUGUGGCCAGUGUGGGAAAAGCUUCACUCAGAGAGGGAGUCUGGCUGUGCACCAGCGAAGCUGCUCACAAAGGCUCACCCUAUAACUGCUCUCUUCAAAGGAAGUUCUCUUUAUGAAUUAACAGCAUAAAAUCCACUGAGGUUAAACAACCUAUCCAAUUUUAUGGAAUAAAUGGAGACUCCUUCAAAAAGACCAUCAUUGGUUAGAGCAAACUGACUUUUCUCCUUUCCCCCAAAUGAGUAUGAAAAAUAAAUGUCUUGUUUAUUAUC